AUAAAAAACAACACGGGGCUGACUCAGAGAGUCGUCUCCCUUUGUAGGAAAUGAGAACACGUGCUACUCACCCAAACAUCACUUCCACAGUGUCUCCCCACUUCACUUGUAUUUCAGUUUCUCUUUCCCACCCAUUGCCCCGCCAAACCCCCCACUUAUGGCUGAUAUACAGCAAUCCGAUGACCAGCUAAACGGCGUCGUACCACCCUCCGUGGCCGUCGUUUCAUCCGACACCGUUGGAUCCAAACGCCAAAGACGUCCCAGCGUUCGAUUAGGCGACAUCGGUGGCGACCAAUCCUAUGAUUCUCACACACGAAGACCCACCGCUUCCUCCGCCGUAUCUGCCGCUUCUAAGCAAUGGAAAAACCAACCCCACCAUUCGUUAAACACCUCAGUCGGCGGUUUGAAUUCUAAAUCGUCAAAAACACGCACUGUUCCCAAUCUCGCCGCCGCUGACACCACCAACAACGACACCUUCGAUGACGAGAGAGAAGCUAAAGAAAACAAUAAUAAUUUAGACGGCGUCACAAUUGGUAGCUGGAGGGUUAAAGAUAUCAAGAAACGGGGACCCGCUAUUAAACGGAUCAGAUCCAAUUGGGUUCCUAAAUUCGACAAUUCUAGCGGCGGAAACGCUAAUAUCAACGGCGAAAACAACACGGAAGAUAAAUACAGUGGUGGUGAAGAUAACGAUGGUUUCGAUAUGGAGAAUUCAGAGAGUCCCAUUAAAGAACAGAGUCCAAUUCAUUGUUUGGAUAAUUUGGGUAUCCACAGAAGGAGACCAGUGCAUGAAGAUGGGGUUCGAAUAUGGCUAAAUAAUUUGGGUUUAGGAAGGUACGCUCCACUUUUCGAGAUCCAUGAAGUUGAUGAUGAGGUUUUGCCAUUGUUAACAUUGGAAGAUUUGAAAGAUAUGGGAAUAAAUGCAGUUGGUUCUAGAAGGAAAAUGUUUUGUGCUAUUCAGAAGCUUAGUAAAGGGUUUUCAUAACGUUUUUGCAGUGAUGGAGAUAUUUAUCCGCCAUUGCAAUAAGGUUAAUAGCUUUGGAAUGAAGCAAUGGCGCAAUAAAUGUUUCUUUGCUACGGUUGUUGAAGUUUCUAUAUUUGUUCCCUCUAGAAACAAAUUUGUCAAAUAUAUAGCUAAUUUGGUUGACCUUUAUUCAAGAGAAAUCUAUUUAAUUGCUAUUGAAAACUAGGAAAAGUUUAACACAA